AUGUCAUCGCCCACAGAGUGCAGUAUUUCGUCCAGCGCUCUUCCAGAAAACAUAGAUACCACACUACCAAUUACAUUCCCAUUUCCCCUCGAGGACAAUGACGACGCGAACAUUGAGGAACGUAGGGCAUUCUGGGAUUCACCUACCGUUUUCCAAUGGUUCAAUGAACGUGGAUAUACACUAUACAAGCGGGAGGAAGAGGAAUGGGGUGGGCCAGCAUGGACGACGAUCCCAGCUCUGCCCUGUGAGACCUGUGGCAACCUGGACUACCCGUACCCACACUACAACCUCGAAGGGAGGUACGGCCUUCCUUUAGCCCUUCGCACUUCCGAGAUUAUGGGCAAAAUUGUAUAUGCUCAAGACAAUCAGAACCCAUCUCAUCAUGUGGCCAUCAAACUUAUCAUGACCGACUCAGAAGAGCGUCGUAUCCUCGAAUUUCUGAAGUCUCAGAAUUUAGCAGUGCUGAAAGAAAACUGCGUUGUCCCCGUUCUGGAUAUCCUCUCGAAUGGUCGUUUCUCUUUUGCUGUUAUGCCGAGGUGGGGACCAUGUUUGCACCUCCCAAACGGCGGUUCUAUCAAGAAUGUCGUUCGAAUUAUGCAUUCGAUGCUCAAAGCGGUGGCAUUCUUGCAUAGACACAAUAUCCUUCAUCGUGAUAUCAAGUUUGCCAACGUUCUUGUUAGCCAUUUCUCGGACGAUACUACAUCGUACACCGAAAGCGCUGCUCGGGAACAGCUACGAUCGUCCAACAGCCUGAUCUAUUGUCUCUUCGACUUUGAUAUCUCCAUGAUGCUCCCGCCAGAUGUAGACAAAAGGUGCUACAGAUUACCAUAUCGUCUAUCCUGGGAUGGCACGUUUUGCCAGCCCAAAGACACUGCGCAAGGUGAAUUUGAUUACAAUCCGUUUGCGUAUGAUGUGGGCACACUGGGAAGGGUAUUUUGCAUUCAAUACCAGCACCUAUCCACGCUUAUACCGAUGUUCGCACCGUUUCUUGACAGAAUGACAACACGGGAUAUCUCGUCUCGGUUUACUGCUGCUGAAGCACUAGACUUUUUCGAAAAAUUUCUGCCGGAUAUUUCAGCUGACAUUCUGGAGCUCGAAGCACCCGAGAAACCCUCAGAACCCAAGGACCAGAGCUAUGACGUGUAUGACCGAUGGCAAGGUGUUUCUCCUGAUUUUGCGCGCAAGUGGGCAGCAUUUCGAGAACCGAGAAUUCCUCUAUCGAUUAAGAUACUUCGAUGGAUAUGCUCUUUUAGACAACUGGCACAUAUUGUUCCUGCCGUGCGUCUCUUCUUCCUUCCUUUGUACAAUUUGGCCCCUCGGACUGUCAUGUGCCUUCGCAGCCUCUUGAGUUAUCCUGAUAGAAAAUGA